AUGUCAAUUCGUUAAGAGUAAUAUUGUCAAAUUUUAUCAUAGGUCAGAUCUUAGUUGUGAAUUGCUGAGGUCCACAUUAUAGGAUAUUAAUGUUAGACUAAAUAAUUUAUAAUCAUGUGUUCCUAAUCUUCAAAAUAGAAGAGAUAAAAUAUAGAAAGAAGAAACAAUUCCUAGAUUAAAUUUACAUAAAAUAAAUACAGUGUACAAAGAAAAUUAAUUACCAUUAAAAAAAGUGACAGCAACAUUUGGAGAUAAAAUAAUUGAUUAGGUUGAAAAAAUAGAUGAAAAAAAUUUAUAAGAAAUAUAAAAGAAACCUUAAAUAAAAAUGAUGGUUUAGCAAACUCCAUAAAAAAUAAGAAGCCAUUCAAUAAAUGGCUCAUAAAAAAUAUUAUAGAAUUAAAAUAAUCAUUCAAUUUAAUUUAAAGUAUCCAAUGUAUCAAGAUUAUAAAAUUCUAAUGAUUUUUAAUACUAUUAAUCGUUGCAUCAAUCUCAUGAGAAACCUUCGAAAUCCUCAUUUAUUGGUAGUUAAUACAGUUAAAUAGCAUAAAAAGAUGACAGUGUUGAAUAUGUUCAACCAACUCUUAUGCUAAAACCAAUAUUAUUUUUAUAAUAGUAAUAAAAUAUGCAGACUAGAAAUAAUUCAUUAAUAUCUACGCCUGUUAAGCAGGUAGCAAAUGUUUCAUAAGGACAAACUCCAUUAAGAAGGGGAAAUUCAUCUACAAAUUAGAAAUUGAUAUAAACAAAUUUUACUUAGAAUCAAUCUUAUUAAUGUUUUUAAGUUUAACAAUAGAAAUAAUAAUUAUAAAAUUAAGAUUUAAUUAAGUAAAUAAUAAAAAAUAUAUUAGAAUAUUAUAAACUCAUUCAAAUUAAUAUGGAUAAUCUUAAAUUUAAUAUCAUUCAGAUUAAAAUCCUAUGAAUUAAUUUUAGAAUUCUUAAAACACAUUUUAAUUUAAAGUAUCCCAUCAUAGAAAUGCGUCAAAUAACAUAAGAACGCCAAUAGGAUAAACACUAUAUGAAAAUUCAAUGGUUAGAUUAUGA